UAAAGACCAACCAAGUUGUUUAUAUUGAACCUAAAAUGUUUGAGCCAGUAUGGCCCAUGAGGCCCAAUCUCUUAUUACAGAGUCAUUUCCUUGAAACUCGCGCGCACGGUCAGUUUUGUUCGUCUUCAAAACUCUCGAGGUUCAUCAAUGGCGGCUGCGGGAUCAAGCUACAGUGCCUCGACAGAUCAAGUUCCGUCAACUCUCGUGAAUCUAGAGGAAACACGACACUUGGCCUUCUAUAUAUGUGAUUCGACUCCGAUUUGAGAAGCUUCUUUCGUUAUCUUCGAAUGAAACCUGGAUUAUAUUCUGUAUCUGCUCCUUUUGGAAAUGCUGCUGGUGUUUGUAUAAUGAGCAACGCAUGGAAAGCUGAACAAGACCCUUCACUGAUCAGUUUCAUAUCCUCAUUUCUUAGCUCAAACUCUUUCCGUCUUAACUUUGUCUCGAUUUCCCCUGAUCUGAUCUUCAAUUGUGGAGGCGUGUCUAUUGCUUUUGUUUUUGUGACCAAAUGGGAUUGUUCCAAUGUUGCCUCCAUCUUCAGCAGAGUAAAGAGGCUGAAAGGGCAAUUUGCGCGACUUUACGUUAUUGCCACACUUUCAACUAAAGAACAGAAUGAUUCAUUCAUGCGAUCUUACUUCCAAUAUGAGAUGGACUUUGGGAAACCUGCUUUUGUACCAGUCACUGAUGCUGAGAUGGGAUUCGAGAAGAUUGUUAAGAUUUCUCACUCUCACGGGGUGUGCAAGCAACAGAAGGUGGCGUCUAAACUCAAGGUUGAGAGGAAGCGAACUGUGCAGGAUACAAACAUGUUCAUCAGAGUUGUCACAUCCAUACCCAACAUCAACAAACAUGAUGCAAACACGCUAUACCAAGCUAUUGGUUCAGUCGAGGCAAUCGCUAAAACAUCCAAAGAAGACAUAUUAGCAAACACAGAUCUCUCUUCCGACAAGGCUGAGAUGCUCACCAGGUUUUUCCAAGAUCCUGAGUUCUACCUCAGUCCCAAAUUCAAUUGAACCAUCGUAAGAUCACAAGUCUUGGCUGGAGAUAAACUUGACAACAUCUUAGAGUUAUCCUGAACCAUCUUGUACUUUCUUACGUUCGUUUCUAGUUUAGAUCGUUUUUCGUGUCAGAAAUUGAUCAAUAACCGAAAUUUCUGAUGUUUUAAGCAAUCACUCGAUGUAAUA